UUUCCCAGAAGGGGUUGGCACAGCCCUACACGCUUUGAAUAAGCGCCCUCCAAUAUCAAUAGGUUUUCGAUUCUCAGCCUCGGUCGCAGAACAGGUCGCAGAGGAACACAACGGCCACAGAGAAAGCUGCGCGGUGCGAGUUGAAUGUCCUUCGCGCAGAGUAUCGCAAUAACCGAGAGACGACCGGUCGAAAAGCGGAACGAAGCAUGUCCGAGAGAGUCACGUUGAGUGUCUUACUCAUCUGCGUGAUUCGCAUUGGCGCCAUAAGGGGCAAAGCAAACCAAACAGGGAGCUGCGUCGAUCCUCCAAGACUGCAGAAUGGCUAUCCGUCGAUUACCGACAAUCAGACCACUUUUGCCGUGAACUCCAGAGUUCUUUACAGGUGUAACCCCGGAUACAUAAUGCCCGAAAGAUCCGUUCCGUUUGUGAAUUGUAGGGCCGAUUCAACCUGGUCGCUGUUUCGGUUCUCUUGCAAAGGCAAAUCCUGUGAUCACCCAGGAGAAAUUCUCAAUGGAUAUUUCUCUCCGGUCCAAUUUACUUUUGGAAACAAGAUCCAAUAUUUUUGUGAUCCGGGGUUCUCUUUAAUCGGGCCGAUGUUCCGAUACUGUCAGGUGGAUGGUUGGAGUGACAGGAAGCCCGUUUGCGAUCCGAUCACCUGCCUAGAACCUCCCAUCAUUGAUCAUGGGAAGAUUUCAAGCAUCAUUCAACAGUGGGAAGUUGGGGCAGUCGCAAGGUACUUGUGCGCUGACAGCUACAGCCUCAUAGGGGAGGAAUCAAUCUUCUGUACGAAGACUGGAGAAUGGAGUGCUGAAGCCCCCAAAUGCAAAGUUGUUGAAUGUUUGCGACCUGACUCGAUUCCAAACGGCCAGGUAGUCUCAGGAUAUGGAUCCAAACACAAGUAUCAAGACACAGUCACUUACAGGUGCGAUGAGUACUUUGAAAUGGUCGGCAAGAGCACCAUCAAGUGUAGAGAGGACGGUACAUUUGAGGAUGUGCCCGCCUGCAAGCCAAUUCCUGGCUGCCCUCAACCUAAGAGAAUUUCAAACUUCAUGGUGCACAUGACAUUAAAACGUCGAUACAGAUACGGGGAGAGCAUUGGAUUUACCUGCCAUCGAGGGUAUAGGAUUGUUGGUCAGAAUCCCAUCGUGUGUAAAGAAAAUGGCUUUUUUGAAGAACCACCUUCUUGCAGAUUGGCUCAAUGCGAUCAUCCUCCAGAGCUUCCAGGUGCUAGAAUUGCUUAUUCCUACUUGAGGUCAUUUCGUAUCGGCCACAGAACUCAAUAUUAUUGCUUGUAUGGUUACCAAAGGGAGAGCAGUGCACCAAACUACAUCACCUGUCAAGAUAACUUAACGUGGUCUGAGCCAUUGUUCAAAUGCGUUGCUAAAGACUGUGGAUUUCCGGAGGAUAUACCGAAUGGCACCUACGUAGCUUCUAGUCAUUCAUUCGGCUCAAUUGUGACGUACACCUGCGAUGUUGGGUUUGUUAGUUUCGGCAGAGCAGUUAGACGGUGCACACUUCAAGGUUGGACUGGAAACCUUCCAAUCUGCCAACGUGAGUAACUCGGAUUAGAAAAC